AAGGCGGCGCUGCGUGUUGUAAACACAGCCGCCAUGGCGUUGACUCACUGAGAUCUCCAUUUUGUAUGUUUUUCCCAAAGGUUAGCGCCUACUUUCAUAAUGGCUAGCUGUGAUUGACCAACGCAUGUUAGAUUCAUCGCAUAGCGGGGGUUAGAAACUGCAAAAACCUCCAUAAGAGUGCACUCGAGUCGCCCGUGUUCCCUGUAAACACGCAGGAGCAGGCCUAUGAGGAAGAAAACAAGCUCCGUAGUGUCCGCUUCGUGUUGUUAAUGAUACUGGCCAUCAAAACAAUGUUGUCAGGAGAUAUCUAGACACCCCCCAAAACAACACACACACUUUGAACGGAUCACGGGAUGGAUAAAGGCAGAGUGAAGAAGAUACGAAAUAACAGAGAUGACCAUUUAAGCAAACUUUUCUACACAGAAAGCCCCGUGGAUGGAACUCCAUUAAAAGUCGCUCCUCACAGUGCAAUGUCCAUCACAUCUGCCACUGCUGUUGUGCUACCGUCCAGCCCCUUGAUGCAGCCUGGAGAUGUGCCCAACAGCCUCAGCAAUAGUCCACUUCCAGAGGAGCUCACUUCUGCCUCUGGAACUGCCUCUUUUGGCCUCAUACUGGAGGAUUCAGAGCCCAGAGGGGCGUCCAAGGACCAGAGGGCCCAGCAGCAGUUGUUCCAGCCACAGACCACAGCUUCCCUUGGACGCUACACAUUUGGGGAUAACCUUUCCCGGUUGGAGGCCAGCAUAGCGGAUCUUACCCACUCAUCCUCCAUGGAUUCCCUUAUCGGGGGAUCAGACCCUAACCUUUUCCCCCUCAGAACGGAUGACUUCUCCAUGGACAAGGUCGACCACCAUUCCAUGGAUUUGGAUCACGACUCGUUUGGGCACGUUGGGAAAGAUGAGGAGAUGAACACAAAGCUGUUCAAUGACAACACUUUGGACCUUCUCCCAGACUUUGAGCUCGCCGGGUCCCCCUCCGAUUAUUAUGUCGGCGACGACGCCUUCCUCUCCACCCUCGGGGACGACUCUCUGCUGGGGGACAUUUCUUCAGAGAAGGAGUCCAAGCUCACGUUGAGCACUAACGGAGGCGAGCCCAGCUCCACCACCACGCUGAACGGCAGCGGCCUGGCCCUCCGGGAGGACCUGUCGAGCGGCAGCCCAGCCACUCCGGCCUCCCUCACUCCGACCACCCCUCUGGCGGCGAUCAAGAAAGAGUCGGACUCGGCUUUCAUCCGGCUGUGCACUCCCGGCGUGGUCAAGCAGGAGAAGGCGACCUGUGGCCGCGGGUUCUGCCCGAUGAGCAGCGCGUCGUCCUCCUCGUCCGACAUGUCGUGCGCUAGCCCCAUCUCCAUUUGCGGGGUGAGCACUUCAGGGGGCCAGAGCUACCACUUUGGGGUGAACCCGAGCGGCACGCCCACCUCCACCACCAGUCCCGGUGGAGGACAGCAGCAAAAGGAUCAGAAACCCCCCGUCUUCAGCCUCUACCCCCCGCUGACCGGCGUCAGAGAGCCCUGGAGCCGGGUGCAGUCUGCGGGCUCCACGGACAACUUCCCUACCUCUCCUUCCUUCUCCUCCGCCGUCGCCAGUUCGACUUCCAGACAGGAUGGGGUCACCCCCUCACCCUCCACCCAGGGGGGCAAGGCCAGCGGGGGCACCCACAAGAUCUGCCUGGUGUGCUCGGACGAGGCGUCCGGCUGCCACUACGGCGUGCUCACCUGCGGCAGCUGCAAGGUGUUCUUCAAGCGAGCUGUCGAAGGGCAACACAACUAUCUGUGCGCCGGGAGGAACGACUGCAUCAUCGAUAAGAUCCGACGGAAGAACUGCCCGGCCUGCCGCUUCCGCAAGUGUCUGAUGGCGGGCAUGAACCUGGAGGCGAGGAAGACCAAGAAGCUGAACCGCAUCAAGGGGCUCCAGCAGGCCAACCCGGCCGAGCAGGCCCCGCCGCCGCCCGCCGAGUCGCGCUCCCUCGUGCCCAAGUCCAUGCCCCAGCUCAUCCCCACCAUGCUGUCGCUGCUCAAGGCCAUCGAGCCCGACACCAUCUACGCCGGCUACGACGGCACGCUGCCCGACACCUCCACCCGCCUCAUGACCACCCUCAACCGGCUGGGGGGCCGGCAGGUGGUCUCGGCCGUCAAGUGGGCCAAGGCCCUGCCAGGCUUUAGGAACCUGCACCUGGACGACCAAAUGACUUUGCUGCAGUGUUCGUGGCUCUUCCUCAUGUCCUUCGGCCUGGGAUGGAGGUCCUACCAGCAGUGCAGCGGGAACAUGCUCUGCUUCGCGCCCGACCUCGUCAUCAACGAGGCCCGGAUGAAGCUGCCCUACAUGGCCGACCAGUGUGAGCAGAUGCUGAAGAUCUCCAGCGAGUUUGUCCGGCUGCAGGUGUCCCACGACGAGUACCUGUGCAUGAAGGUGCUGCUGCUGCUCAGCACAGUGCCAAAGGACGGCCUGAAGAGCCAGUCUGUCUUUGAUGAGAUCCGCAUGUCCUACAUCAAGGAGCUGGGCAAGGCCAUCGUGAAGCGGGAGGAAAACUCCAGCCAGAACUGGCAGCGCUUCUACCAGCUCACCAAGCUCCUGGACUCCAUGCACGAGAUGGUCGGAGGGCUGCUCAACUUCUGCUUCUACACGUUUGUCAACAAGUCGCUGAGCGUGGAGUUCCCCGAGAUGCUGGCGGAGAUCAUCAGCAACCAACUGCCCAAAUUCAAGGCGGGCAGCAUGAAGCCGCUCCUCUUCCACCAGAGAUGACUGGGCCCCCCCCCGGCGACACGGCAACGACCACCACGACAACCGCAGCACUAGCAGCCGCCGCAGCAGCAGGAACUACAGACAAUGCCUUAAAAUCCGCCCAUCGCCUCAGGGCCUCGCCACCGGUAGGAGGACGAGCUGAAGGCACGAGGACGGAGGUGGUGGGACAGGAACGCGCCGGGAGAACUGGAGGACGGAGAGGGAGGGGCUGAGGCUGAGUGAGUGAGUGUGAGAUGGUGUCUUUCUUGAAGAAGCAGGUAUGCUACUGGAGAAGGGCUUUCAUGCGGUGAAGGAAAAGAAAGGUUUCGCAGAAAGGUGAACCUUUUUGGGUUGCAAAGGCCGACAACGUGAGGGCCGGAACGAGAGGAAGCAUAGAGAUGUUGUUGUUGUUAUUGUGGAGCAGUAGAAGGUGUUUAGUGUGUAACAUAUAGGACUCGUUUUUUUUGAUAAUCACUGAGUGAAAUAGGCUAACCAUCCGUGCUGUCUCAGGAUUACACACACACACACACACACACACACACACACACACACACACACACACACACACACACACACACACACACACACACACACACACACACACACACACACACACACACACACACUGUAUAUCUGCAGUGGUUUGAAAACAGUGUCGACCUGCAGGAAAGGUUCUUAAAAAAAAAGUAUUUUGUACAUUUUCCAAAAAACGUAUCGCAGUUUAUAUCGUUCCCAGUGGGAUGGGGUUGCAGUAUAAAGAUAUUCACGAUAUUCCGCUAUUCAACAGGCAUUUAGGACCUUGGGCUUCUCUGGGACUGUCGGGGCGGAAAUAGUGUUCCGUGUUCCCAUCCACCUGUUCUCCUUUGUCCAAACCCUCGUCAUUUCAACAGCACUUAUCCUGCACCCUCAUGAGUAUGAGUCUCCCCCCCCCCCCCCCCCCCCCACGUGCUAACCUCGACUAUUUGAACAUGUUGUAUGUAAAAGGGAAAAGGAAAAAAGAAACAUGUGCCUUUUUAAAGAAAGCAAAGCUUAAACAUCAGAUUCGUUGCCCUUCUUUUUCCUGUAGAACCGCGUACUACACCUUUCUUCUUAUUGCACGUUUGGAUUUCCCCCUCGAUUCUCUGGGUUUUCCAAUUGGAACGGGCGGCCCAGUCUCCCAUCUGGUCUCAAACAUGAACCACAGUCCUAGGAGGGGUCUAGGUAGUAGAUUUUCUUUAGUCACUUUAGGAAGCUUUCAGCAGCACUUAUACCUCAAACAAAUGUUUUGGAUAUCGGAACUGGAGCUUUGUCUAGUCGUAUCUUUUGCUCCUCCCCUUAUUGUCCCGGGAGUCCACUGAGGGAAUGACACAGGAUUUUGCGUAAGCCAAUCAGAGGAGAAGGGGCAUAAUGUAUCUUUAGUUUUUGGGAGUCUAUUCAGUCAUACUUUAACAGGUCAAAUCUCUUUCAGAGUUUAUAUAUUUUCCAUAAAUCUUUAAAAAGCCUUUAUAGGAUAGAAACAAUAAGAUAUAUUCUUGGGUCUGUGUACAACAUGGUAAACAGAACAUGCAGUUCCAGUUCUGCCAUUGGCUGUCCUUGAUCCUCUGUGUGGGCAUGUUUUCACAAUGCAAAUGCUGCAAAUUAACUUUCUUCCUGUAAAGUGUUGAUCGAUUAUGCUCAAUGACAUGUCAUUUUGAUGACAACAUGCCGAUACAGAGCUUUGGGUGCAGGCGCUGGCUGACUCUCCGGUCAAACCUCACACAUCUAACCUAAACAUUUUUUAAUGCCCUUUUUAGCAUUUGUUGCACCCUCUUGGGCACGUUUUCCUCAACAUCAUUGCUGUUGGAGUUUACACGUGCCUAAAACAUUUCCACGUAUAUAUAUAUAGAUAUAUAUAUCCCUUUAUAGAUCUCUCUCUCUCCAUCUCUAUAGAGAUAUCUAUGUCUAUAAAUAUAUAUAUACAGUACAUAUGAGUUAAGCACUCAACUCCUAUAUCGUGGCUACUACCGUUCCCUAAAGAAUACUGUAGUUGUUGAUUGUGGAGGUCAAGCAGAAUAGGACCUCAAUGGUCCUGGAAUGGUGAGUGCCAAAGCCUCAUUUGUUUUGGUCUGUUUUUCGUUUGCUUUGGUCUGUUUCUUGUUUGUUUUGGUCUGUUUCUGUUAGUUUGGAACACGGAUCACCCUUGAUAGCAAUGAAAAUGUGGUGUCCAAAUGUUUAGACAUCUAAUAUUGUCUAACGCAAGAAUUUAAGACACCUAAAUUACUUACCCUUUCUCUGUUGGACCAUUCAAAUGGAAUACAGGAAAUAGUUAUUAACUAAUCACUGGGCAAUUUUAUUUUAAUGCAAAGUACUUUAAAUAACCUUUGUGUUUAGGAAAGAAAAUUGAUGAAAAUAACAUUCAUAUUUUAAUCAUGGUAGCACUUAUUGGGUUGUCUUCUUGUUUUAAGGUGAACCUUAUCCCUGUCAGUAUGGUUUUAUGUUUAACAAAAAAAUUAUCAAAAUGAAUGUGAAUGCUCAAGAGAAUGAUUGACAGUGGAUUGAGAAUGGAGGUGCCCUUAAUUUCAAGAAUAUUUGGCCAAUUUAGUUUGCAUUUUGUCGCUAGAGUACAGAAUAAUCCAUGAUACAAGUAAUCAGUUUUGCAUUCGUUUACAUGUAUUAUAACUGACGCCACCAGUUUAUUUACAAUGCCAAAAAAAAAAAAUAUAUAUAUAUAUAUAUGUGAUUGAGUGAAUUUUGUAACGCUCCCAUGCUCAGGUUGUCAUUUGAUACAAUUUGCAGAUGCAUUGAUAAAACAUGCUUAACGUCCACUAGCAGACUGUAUAAACCAAAAGAAACCUAACAAACGUGGAGUUAGAAUCUGCGGCGUUAUACUGUGUUUUUAUCAGGGCCACUUUGAGAAAUAACAACACAGAACCCCAGAAAGGUGUCCCGACGUGUCUGCUUGGAGGUAUGAACGGCUGUGCCAUGUACUCCUCCUAAACAGUUUAUCCCCCCUUCCCCUCCCUACCCCAUCAUCAUCUGUUCUCACACCUCCGAUUCAUUUUGUAUCCAAGUUUUUUUUAUAGUAUAGUUCUUGGUGCAAAAAAACAAACAAAAGAAAAACCGACAUUAUUCACAAUCUGCAUAAGGGUGCACUCAUGGGUUACUUUCACAUCCAGUGUGUGUACAAAUCUGCUGCUGUUUUUUAAAACCUGUAUAAAGGAAAGAAAAGAGAAAAACCGCAUACUUGCCUCCUACUGGCUCAAGAAUGUAUCCUGCCUCUCGGGCAUACUACAUUUUUGAGAUUGACAACUAAAUAUGCAAUACUUGUAUAAAAUAAUUACACUUACAGAGUGCAUUUCUACAUGAGACAUGAAAUUGCUUCCUUUUGUUGUUAUUCUUUGUUGUUUUUUCCAAUAUAAGCUAUACACACAAGGGCGGACCUGCAUUUGUCUUCUCUCUCUCUCUUCAGGCCUGAGCUUUUCAGGAAAUACCAUCACGUUACUUUUCACCGCACAAAUAAAGCCUAUUAUGUUAGACGACAAGUUGACCAAAGCAAGAUAUACAGACGAAUUCAACAUAUAUCCACGUGAUUCUUUGGAUAGAAUUGUACAGUUCUUUGUUUUUUAACACAUUUUGUAUUCUAUCUCGGAUGGCUUUGGUCAAGUUGUGAAAUACUGUGAAUAGAAUAGGUUUUAGUCUUUUCACGCAAAACUGUUUGUGAAAGUAAUCGACCAGCUUGAAUCUAAAAGUUUGCACUACCCAAAUAUUGUUUUGAAAAUCUAUUUUGUAUAAAACAUAUGCAGACAUUACCUUUAAAAAAAAAAAAAAAAAAAUGAAAAAAGAUAUCAAGGGCAGAGCAUAUUUCACUGAGAUAUACUUUCUUUAAAACUUUUUUUUGCUUAAAAUUUCAUUUAUGUACAUAUAUUCAAUGAUGUAAAUGUAUUUGUCUCAAAAUACCCAUUUUUCUAACUCAUCUGUAUCAUUUCUCCAUGUAGUGUGAAUCUUAUUGAUCCUUUCCUCCAUUUAUUAAAUGUUUAAAUGUAGGCCUAUGUCUCAGUGGUACUUUAAAACAAAUUGUACACCGAUGCAUUUAUUCAACUAAUUCAAUUCUGAACAAUAAAAAUGGUUAUCACGGCAGCCAAUUGCUCACCAAUAAAUGCGCUUUUAUCAUGGU